AUGUCGAUGGCUCAGCAAGCAGCGAUGGCAGCAGUGACACCUUCUGUUCACAUUGACAGAGUGGUUCACUCAGUCACGGAUGCCACGAAACGACUUUCGCAGAUCUCAAGUAGCACUACAAACACCACAACACAGUCUUCAAAACGGCGUUCAAGAGACACAAUCGGCCCGUGGAAGCUGGGAAAGACGCUUGGGAAAGGGUCUAGUGGACGGGUGCGGCUGGCAAAGAACGUAGAGACCGGGAAACUCGCAGCCGUGAAAAUCGUGCCAAAGGCUCGAUCGUCCAGACAGGGCGCGUCGUCACCGUACGGGAUUGAGCGUGAGAUCAUCAUCAUGAAGCUGAUCUCGCAUCCAAACGUCAUGGGGCUGUACGAAGUGUGGGAAAACAAAUUCGAGCUGUUUCUGGUGUUGGAAUACGUGGAUGGAGGCGAGCUGUUCGACUACCUGGUGUCGCGUGGACGCCUGCCCGAGAAAGAAGCUAUCCACUACUUCCGACAGAUUGUGGAGGGGACUGCGUACUGUCAUGGCUUCAACAUCUGCCAUCGCGACUUGAAGCCCGAGAAUUUGUUGCUCGACAAGAAAAACAAACGGAUCAAGAUCGCAGAUUUCGGAAUGGCCGCUUUGCAACCGUCCAACAAGCUUCUGGAAACGUCGUGUGGAUCGCCCCACUACGCGUCGCCCGAGAUUGUAAUAGGCAAAUCGUACGACGGAGGUCCCAGUGACGUGUGGUCGUGCGGUAUCAUCCUUUUUGCGUUGUUGACGGGCCAUUUACCAUUUAAUGACGAUAAUAUCAAGCGGCUGUUGUUGAAAGUCCAGUCUGGCAAGUUCCAAAUGCCACAAGGUAUAUCCAGUGAGGCCAAGGACCUUCUCUCAAGAAUUCUAGUUGUAGAUCCGGCCAAAAGACUGACCAUCAAUGAAAUUUUAUUCCAUCCUUUACUCGCAAAAUAUAGCAACAAGCGCAGCAAGUCUAAUUCAGAUCUCCAUGUCCUGGAACGGUCCUUACCAUGUGCCGUGAUUUUAGACAGCGAAAAAGACGUGGAUCCAACUAUUCUACAGAAUUUGCAAAUCCUAUGGCAUAGCGCUCCAAAACCACUCAUUUUGAAGAGAUUGAUGGACCCCAAUCCAAAUGAGGAAAAGACAUUUUAUGCUCUUCUGUUGGCGUACCAACAGCGACAAUCCAAGCAGCAGCACAAACAUCCUACGAUCAGCGCGCCAAAGAUCUUGCAAAAAUCUCAAUUUAGUGUUCCCUCUAUAAAGUCGCAAACGUCGCCCCGAAAGGAACACGUUGCUUCUUCUUCGCGUGUGUUUAAAUCCAGUUCCAAGAAAAAGCUCCAAACUUCGGCUUCCAAAAGAUCUCUACAUCACUCCGCGUCAAAAAAAUCGCUGGUCUCGGUCUCGGUCUCGGCGUCAGCGUCACGUAAGUCGCUGAAAAGCUCUCCAGUGAAAACUCCCGCGCCACCUCUUCCAUCGAAACAGUCUCUCUACUCAUUGAACUCGAUCUCAAAGCGCUCAGUAAACCUGAAAGAACACCUAAACCACAAUGAUGUCCCACCAUUGCCAAUCCAGUCCGAGUUCGAAACUCUUUGCGAAGAGAUUUUGUUCGGAAGUGGCAUCGACGAAACUGUACAGGAGGAAGAGACCAAUGCCACAUCAACCAUCACACGCACGAACUCUACAGAGGUUGAUGCAAGCCGAGAGUUGACGCAAGCUGAUACUCCAAAAAAGGUUGAACGGGAGAAAUCUCCAUCGCAGGACGAACAGAGACCCGAAAAGAAAGCAUCGCCGUCGAUGACUAGACUAAAGACCACACCUUCCAGCCGUAACCUUAGAAUUACGUCUGCACCCUCAGGUCAGCAAGCAAACGGAUUUUCGCUCGAUCCUCGCAGAAACGUUUCGCAACCAAACUCUAUUGAGAUGUUGCUCAAUAAAUACAGUUUGCGCGCUCACCUCAAGUCCAAGUCCAAUUUGAAAACUUUGAGAAAUAGUGGCAAUUGGCAACACGCGGAACUUGGCCUUCUUGAGGCUUCAAAACCAAUUGAAUUGACUGAUCUAGAAAUCGAGCACACCAGAUCUUCAAACAGAUCGCAACCAGGUGAUACUUCAGUCUUUUCAGCUCAAUCGAGCACUUCGAGAAGGGAGCGAAAAGAAGAUCGCAUGUUUGACAAUACUUAUCAGGCUCAAACCCAAGCGAGUGUUACAAAGAACUCAGCCAUGUCUCCCUCUAUCAGUAUUAACAGCUCUGUGACCUUAAAAAACCUCAAGCAGUUUUUGCCAGAGAAUGAGAACUCCGCAGAAAGGGCGCCUUCCGUUGUGCACCAUCCUAUGCGCUACUCGGUGAAAACAGUAAAGGCUGGCAUCUCGGCUAGACCCCCGUGCAAAAGUUGUGCGCCAGCUACAAAUAUAGCUGGGCAGGGAGUAUCCCGCAAGGUAAGUAAGGCCAGUAAUUUCGAUGGCCCAUCUGACCUGCUUUCCGAUAUGUCAUUUGCGUUAGACAUUCCAUUAGAUACCUUCACCGCGCAGGCUUUUCACAUUUCCCGUGAUUGUCUUCCAGAGCAGAACCAAAACGGUAGAAGACCUGUUUUGCGCAAAGAAGACCCAGUGGAAGACGAUAUUAACAUUUUCGAGGAUGCUCCUUGUGAUACUGCCUCCGUUGCGACAAGUUCGUCAGGGCUGGACUCCCAACCACAUGUCCAUAGGAAGGCCACUUCUAUUGAUACCUUAAACGCAGCAAGUGUGUUAGCUCCAAACGCUGACGUACGGGUCUCGAUGUACACCAACAACAUGCCAUCUUCGGCGAAGCUACCAAGGGAAACCACCGAGGAGAUCAUAUCCAAAUUCAAACUUUCACCACAAAAAGGUGAGGUGGCACCACAAAAGAGGCUUUCCUAUCAGAGAGCCCGCAACUCAAUUUCUCAAAGUGUUAUGUCAAUGUUCAAAGAUCUUGAUGGUGAAAACGAUGGUGAGUUUGAUAAACAAAAUUUUGCUGACUUUGAUGGCAUCCGCAACCUGAAUGAAUUACCAAGAGAUGCAUCUGGGAGUUUGAACGAUGCAGUUCUAGAAAAGGAGUCCGCAACAAAAAAGAGAGUAACAAUGCUUUUUGAUGAUGAAGCUGGCAAUGUUUUCAAGUCUUCUCCUUCGAGACCGCUGCGGAACGAACAUUUUGCUGCGGAACCCGUUCAUAAACUUCCUUCUUCUUCGGGAGCUCCUGUUACGUUCGGUAAUAAUAAAUUGGAUCCAGUGACGGAGAAUGAGACACCCAAUUCACCUCGCAAAGUUGAACAGUGUUUGAGACCCGCACCACCUCCACCUGUCAAACAAACAUGGUUCAAGAAACUCUUCCGUUCUUUUACAUCAAAGUCUAGUAAAGAAGAGCUCAUCAGAGACCAUUCAACAGUACUGGAGUUCGAAGAAGUGCUUAUUGUCAUGCUUAAAGAAUUUGCUAACAAUUCAAUUGAUUACACAUUGAAACGUCUCGAUAAAAGUAAAAAUACCAGACGUGCUGAGUACAGCUGCUGGUUUCAAAAGGGCCGAUUCCGUUUCAAGAUUCGUAUUGAUGGAAAGGAAGUCGGUACCAACAUUCAUAUCAAGAAGAAGGGCCAACAGGACCAAAUUACUUUUGAAAAGUUCAACAAUGAUAUAUCAAAGGUCCUUCAAUCAGCAGAACAAAAAUAA